CCAGGCAGAAAACGAGGAUGGGACCCAGGAGAAUACCUUCUCCAUGGAUCCGCAACUGGAGCGGCAGGUGGAGACCAUUCGCAACCUGGUGGACUCCUACGUGGCCAUUAUCAACAAGUCCAUCCGCGACCUCAUGCCAAAGACCAUCAUGCACCUCAUGAUCAACAAUACGAAGGCCUUCAUCCACCACGAGCUGCUGGCCUAUCUGUACUCGUCAGCCGACCAGAGCAGCCUCAUGGAAGAGUCAGCUGACCAGGCGCAGCGGCGGGACGACAUGCUGCGCAUGUACCACGCACUCAAGGAGGCACUCAACAUCAUCGGGGACAUCAGCACCAGCACUGUGUCCACACCUGUGCCCCCACCCGUCGACGACACCUGGCUCCAGAGCGCCAGCAGCCACAGUCCCACUCCACAGCGGCGACCUGUGUCCAGCGUGCACCCCCCAGGCAGGCCCCCAGCGGUGAGGGGCCCCACUCCAGGGCCCCCCCUGAUUCCUGUGCCAGUGGGGGCUGCAGCCUCCUUCUCGGCGCCCCCCAUUCCAUCCCGACCUGGACCCCAGAGUGUGUUUGCCAACAGUGACCCCUUCUCAGCCCCACCUCUGAUACCAUCUCGGCCAGCACGGAUCCCCCCCGGCAUUCCCCCUGGAGUGCCCAGCAGAAGACCCCCUGCUGCGCCCAGCCGGCCCACCAUUAUUCGCCCGGCCGAGCCAUCCCUGCUCGACUAGGCCCGUGGGGGGGCAUUUCUGGGGGCCUCGCACACCCACGGUGCAGGAGCUCCGGUGGUCGGGGCCCCUCCGCCACUAAGUGGGACCAGGCUCCCUGCGAGCAGUCUGUCUCCUCCUUCACCCGGCCCUGUUGGGACUGGCCCGGCCCGGCCCGGCCCGGCCCAUCCCAUCCCAGCUGGACAUCGCACCCAGAGAAGGGCCCUGGAGCCAGGCGGGGGCGCUAGGGUGUUGCACUUUGAGGAUGGGGUCUCGGAGUGGUAGAGGGGACCUGCACCCUGGGCACCAUCUUGAAUGAGGGUUCCAUGCUGGGGUGACUCUGUCACAGAGUCUUCUCUGGCUGGGAAAGGCAAAGUUCAGUAGGCCUUCUAGAAGCCGGGGCACCAAGGGUACCUGAACCCCUCCUCUGGUGGGGCUAGGAGUAUCUCCACUUCCCAUCAGUGAGCUAGGCCAUGUGCCCGCACUGCUCGCCUGUCAGGCCUGAGUUGUACAUAUUCCUUCCUUGGCCACAUUAACCACACAGCCUGAGCCCGGCCCAGCCUCGGCUGCCGGAGGUGCCUUUGCAGGCCCGGAGCCCUCAACCCGGACCGGCCAUGCUCUCUCCCUUCUUGGCCCCCUCCUCCUCGUCAUGGGUCCCCAGGGUGGCUUGGGCUUGGGGCCGUGUGGUGUGGAGGGCCUUUGGGGGCCUCUCAGCUCCUUCCCAGGCCGCCUCCACCGGGUGGGUCCCGGGCAGGGCAGCCUCUCCCUGAGUAGACCUUCCUGCUGCUCCUCGCGCGGUCUGACCACUGUAAGUGCCUGCACUCUGUACCCUAUUAAUAAACUAAAUAAAGGGAAGACGCUUCUGGUG